ACAUAGACGAGUGUGCUGAAGGAAAACAUAAAUGCAGUCACCAGUGUCACAACAAUUUGGGAAAAUAUACGUGUUCAUGUCCUCCAGGUUAUUUAUUAAUUGAUGAUCUGAAAUGUGAAGGUUGUAGAAUUAAUUCAUACAAAUCGGAGAAUGAAGACGUAUGCUUGGAAUGUCCAGUUAAUUCAUACACGAAAUCGGAAGGCAAAACAUCCAUUGCUGACUGUCUCUGCUAUUCUGGAUUUACAGGAGACCCUGCUCAUAAUAUCCCAUGUGAAGAUAUCAACGAAUGUGAAUCAGAGAAUUUUGGUUGUUCGCAUACUUGUAUGAAUAUGCCAGGAAGUGCGCAAUGCCUCUGUCCUUUGGGAUAUGAACUUCAACAAGAUAACAAGACAUGUAUUGAUAUAGAUGAAUGUAGCAUUAAAAAUGGUGGAUGCGAAGGAACGUGCCAUAAUAGUCCCGGAAGUUUUAGCUGCAGUUGUGGAACCGGCUAUACUUCAUCACAAAAAGAUCGUUUUUCAUGUGAUGAUGUGGACGAAUGUGAAGUGGAUAAUGGCGGUUGUGAGCAAAAGUGCAUAAAUUAUGCCGGAAGUUUCUAUUGCUCGUGCGAAGACGGUUACCGCUUAGCUGCUGAUCAAAAAACAUGCAUAGCUGCCAGUUGUCCUCGUGAACCAGUCCCAAACCACCUAAGAAUGCAGUGUUUUGCGAAAAAUGGCACGCGUCUCUCUUCAAGUUCAGACAGCGAGAAUAAACCACACUCAGAACUUAAUGAUUAUCCAAUUGGCACAAAAUGUCAAUUUAAAUGUGACAAUGGUUUCAAGUUGACUACAGAAGGCAAAAUCACAUGCAAAAACGACGGCACAUGGAGUGGACCAGUACCCGAGUGCAAAGGGUUACAUUGUCCUGCUUUGGAAGCUCCAGAGUAUGGAGAAGUGCGUCCGCCAGCUUGUACAUUAGGAAAUGUGUCAGUGAAAAAGAAGUGCUAUUUUACAUGUCAGCCAGGUUAUAAACUUCAAGGUCCUCCUGUCAUGCUGUGCAAGAAUAACAGAUCUUGGAACAAACCUGAACCUCCAGUUUGUAAACCAGUGUCAGUCAAUCCUUCAUUAUCGUGUCCGGAAGACAUAUCAGUUGAUCUUUCUCUUGGUCAAAAUUACACUACUGUUGUCAUUCCACGUCCACAAACGAACACGGAAGACUUCUCCAUCACUCCCAAAUGGGUGCUUACAGAAACUCCCUUGAGCUUCCCAGCCGGCAGGACAGACAUUAUAUUUACUGUUGUUAGCUCGAAUCCGAAAAAACAAAAUAAAACUUGCACAAUGACAGUUAAUGUCGUAGACAGAGAACCUCCCAUAUUUCUUAACUGCCCAGAAUCCUUCGAUGUUGAAGCAACAAGUAUGCAAGGUACUUCGGUGAAGUGGGAAGAACCCAAAGCAGUCGAUAACGUUGGCAUCGAAAGUGUCUCCAAGAAUUUGGAACCUGAUGCAACUUUGACGCCCGGAGUUCAUAUUGUAACAUACAGAGCAAGAGAUGCUGCUGGAAAUACUGCCGUCUGUUCUUUUGAAAUAAACAUAACUAGUACUCAAUGCAAUGACCUGGAAGACCCUGCCAAUGGUGAAGCAAACUGUGUUGAUUGGAUAUACGGCAAGCUCUGUCAGCCGUUUUGCGAUGCUGGUUAUACCAGGAAUCCAGAUGAAUAUCCUUACUACACUUGUGACGAAUCAGGAGAAUGGUCUCCGGUAGAUGUUAUAUCUGACUGCUUAAAAUAUCUCCCAGCAUCUUCAAAAAGUUGCCCUGAAGGAUAUGAGUAUCGGAAGAUAAACGAGACGAAUGAAGAAAUAUGCUUGGAAUGUCCUACUGGAACAAUAUGGUUACCUUCGUCUCGAACAUGUGAAGAAGCCAGCAUAGAAGAAGAAUAUGACAUUGAUGAAGACACAGAAUCGUAAACUUAAAUGACAGUAAGAAGAAAAUGAAGAUAUAAAAUCAAAAAUUCAGUGGAAUAUGCAAUAGAAGAAAGCACAUUUUCAUUCAAGCUUUUUCAUAAAUUUCAAUCGUGAUAUAAAUUUUAAUUUAUUCAAUACCAAAAAUAAAGAAUGUUUGUUCAAAAUGAAUCAAUAUUUUUAACACUUCUUUAUAUGAGAAUUUGUAACACCAAAUCCAUGAAAAUCAUAUU